GGACGGAAGAGCAUGUUACGUAGGGAUUCGUUCGUCGUCAAACCGUGUAUCAACCAGAUGUAAAAUAUGCGGCUGCCCCCGACUGAUGACGUUAGUGCAGUAUGUGAAGCUACAGUGUCUGUGGAUGUAUUAGAACGGCUGUCCGUUCAUUCUGUAACCACGUGAUUUUUUGGUUAAACCGUAGCAGAAAUCUUUGAAAUAUUUGCGGCUUACUAUUUUUGUGCCGUUUAGAAACUGGAAGUAGUGUUUCCAGUGGUCAUACGGUAGUAGUUAUACUUGAACAACAUGGCUGUGGUAAAGCGUGGAAAAAAACAGCAAGAUUACAGUGAACAGUCAGAAGAUGGUGAUGGCGCAGACUUGCAACAGGUAGAUGAAUUCUCAUUAGAUCAAGUUUUACGUCUUGGCGGGACGAAAAAUGACUAUGUUAUGCUUGCUGCUGUUGACGAAAAUUGUGAACUGGUUGAUGGUGGCAAGAAAAACGCCUUUGAUGAUUUUGAAGAAGGGGAGUUGGAAAACUUUGUCCGGCAGCUUGGCAUAGAUAAAUUAUCAGAAACUGUAGAACAGAAUAAAGAGAAGUCCAACAAAAAGAAAAACAGCGAAAAUAAACAAGAAAAGCAGGCCCCAGCUACAGUAACAAAUAUAGAGCAAAGACACAUUGGCACAAUAGUAAAACAGGUUGAAACGGAGUGGCUUAAGAAAAAAACACCCCAGCAUGACGAUGGGGUUAGUACCAGAACAGAAUCUAUUAAACGAGCUAGACUCCAAGACACUUUGGAGUUCCAACCUAAACCGGUGUUGUUGAUUAAGCCGGGAGGCAAAUGGUAUGAGCUAGAUUACACAGCAGAAACCACUUCAGAAUCGCAGAAGGACAAUGAGAUAAUCCAGUAUAAAACAUUAGCACAGCAGAUAUAUGAGCAUGAAAUUCAAUUGUAUAGGAGUAAGAAAGACCACCAAGAAGGAGGUAAUACCAUGUGGAUUAAAACUGUUGUGUCUACAGGGACACUAGCAGAUCGUAUGGCAGCUAUGACACUUCUUAUCCAGGAUGCUCCUGUUCAUUCACUUCACUUUGUGGAAACCUUGGUAAACAUCACAAAGAAAAAAGGCAGCAGACAUCAGUGCUCAAUGGCACUGGACACUCUCAAGGAACUUCUCCUAUCUGACCUUCUCCCAGACUCUCGUAAGUUGCAGAAUUUCUCUCAGCAUCCUUUCAAUAGGCUUGAAGAGCUUUGUAGUGGUAAUAGGGAUGCCAGGGAUAGGCGGCUGUUACUGUGGUACUUUGAGCACCUGCUUAAGCACCAGGUGGAAGAAUUUGUACAAGUUUUGGAAACAUUAGCUCAUGACCCUGUAUCAACAAUCAAAACUCGGGCACUUAUGGCAGCUCAUGAACUUCUGUGCAGUAAACCUGAGCAAGAGAAAGCAUUACUUGUUCAGGUGGUAAAUAAAUUGGGAGACCCUCAUUGUAAAACAGCCACCAAGGCCUCUUAUCUUCUUGAAACUUUACUUCACAAGCAUCCUAACAUGAAGUUAGUUGUGUGUAGUGAAAUAGAGAGACUUCUCUACCGACCGAAUAUAAGCCCCAAAGCCCAAUAUUAUUCCAUUUGCUUUCUUAACCAGUUGGUUCUAAGUCAUGAAGAAAGUGACUUGGCAAAUAAACUUAUAUCUGUGUAUUUCUCAUUCUUCCGAGCCUGCAUCAAGAAAAAGGAUAUUGAAUCAAAAAUGCUUAGUGCUCUGUUAUCUGGUGUCAACAGGGCUUAUCCUUAUGCCAGUAUUGAUAAUGAAAAAAUUCAAGAGCAUUUAAAUACUGUUUUUAGGCUUGUACAAGUAGCCAAUUUCAAUACGAGUGUUCAAGCUUUGAUGUUGCUUUUUCAGGUAAUGGACUCUCAACAGGCCAUGUCUGAUCGCUAUUAUGCAGCAUUGUACAAGAAGUUAGUAGAUCCUGGGCUGUCUGUAUGCUCCAAACAAGCUAUGUUUCUUAAUCUUUUGUACAAGUCUUUAAAGGCAGAUACUGUGUUAAGGCGGGUGAAGGCCUUUGUGAAGAGAAUUCUGCAAGUAAUCUGUACUCAAAUGCCACCCUUUGUUUGUGGAGCAUUGUUUCUAAUAUCUGAGCUCAUGAAAGUGAAACCAGGACUGAAAGUUCUUCUGCAGGAGCAGUGGGAUUUAGAUGAUGAACAUUUUCAAGAUAUUGAUGAUGAGUGGGAAGAUGCUGAUAAAGAAGUGAAAGCAGCUGGAACUGAGAGCCAGAUGGAACAUACAAAGAAAACGGACUCAAAGUCUGCUGCAUCCUGGGUACAUCACAAGAACAUGGAAGGCGGAAAAUACAUCGGUGUCUAUGAUCCACUACACAGGAAUCCUUUAUUUUGUGGUGCCGAAAAUGCUACCUUAUGGGAGCUUAGAGAGCUGUCAGGCCAUUUUCAUCCAUCUGCUGCUCUUUUUGCUAGGGCUAUCAUGGAGGGAUCUCAAAUUGAAUAUUCUGGUGACCCACUUCAGGAUUUCACAUUAAUGAGAUUCCUGGACCGCUUUGUAUACCGAAACCCAAAACAAAGUAAACAAAAAGGAGGUGUUAGUAGUGUUGUAAUGAAACCAAAGCAGAAACAUUUUAUGAAUGAUAAACACAGACUGCUUGUCAACAGUAAGGAGUUUAUUGAUCAAGAUGAAAGUAAAGUCCCAGUGGAUGAAGUCUUCUUUCAUAGAUAUUAUAAAAAACGUGAUGUGGAGAAAGGAAAAUUCAGGCCUGUUGAAGAUGAUGGAAGCAUAGAGGAUGUGGAUGAUGAUGAGUUUGAAAAACUUCUUGAUACUAUGGAGGUAGGUGAUGAACUAGGCAGUCUAGAUUUUGCUAGUAAUGUCACUAAAUCCAAACAAGGAACAAAGGAUGUACAAGAUGAUUCUGACCUUGAUGAUGAAGAAAUUUCUCUCAGUAGCAUGGAUGAGGAAGAUUUUGAGAAUGCAUCAGAUGAAUAUGAUGAUUUCACUGAAAUAAAUGAUAUUGAGCCAGAAUCUGAAGACAAAGCAGUUUCCAAGGUUGACAUCAAGUCUGGCAAAAGAAAGCAUUUAAUUAAAGAUUUUUCAGGGUCCUUUGAUGAAUCCAUGCGGGGAAAGACAAAGAAGUUGAAGAAACGGUCUGAGAAAGAGGCCGGUUUGUCUGCUACUGUUGAGGAGUUCGGUAGUUUGUUGGAUGAAAAUGCAGGGCUGAGAAUUGACACUACUGGCAUCAAUGCUAUGGCUUAUAAGGACAAAGCAGAUAUUAAGCAGCUCCGAUGGGAGGUAGAGCGUGAUCGCUGGAUUCAUGGCAGAGACAUAAAAAGUAUUAUCCGGAAGAAGAAAUUUCAGAAAAGAUUCCAUAGAAAGGAUAUGAAAAAGAGGGGCAAAACACGAUCGUAGCAAUGAUAUUUGGAUUGUAUUCAUUGUAGCCUGUACUUUUGAAAGUUUGUUGCAGUCAAGGAAUACCUGCUUUUCAUUUGUGACUUGUACAUAUUUGCUGACAACCUUUGCAUCUCUGUCAUUUUUGUCUUGUUCAACAGAUGUUUAGCAACAUUUAAGGGUGGACUGUAAAAUGAAUAUUUAAAAAAACAUGAUCAUUAAAAUUAACUGUUGCAAAUGUGA